UGAUAAUUGUGUGGUCCCAUACCCCUUUCUCUCUUACAUUACUAUAGACCGACUUGGGUAUGGUUCGAGUUCCUUUCAUCAGCCGCCUAUCUCUUUUGGAGUAUACCGCUCUUGUUCUUGGUUUUUUAUUCCUUACCCUCGAAACUAUCCUUCGUCUGAUCGUCCUUUUUCUUCCAAAACCCAUCAUCAAUUGGUUCUACAGACGUUCUCGAACUAUCUUCAAGUACACUGUCGGACCCCCGCAAAGCAAGUCUCCAGAAAAGAAGGCUUCAGAUCUCGUUUUACAUGCCAGAGAUUUCGGGGAGCUCUGCGAUAUUUACGGAUAUACACCGGAGGAACAUGUCGUGAUGACAAAGGACGGAUAUCUACUCGGCCUUCAUCGUUUGCCUUCGAAAGCGGGGAGACAAAAGACGAGUCCGGGAACAAGCACAGGAAAGCCUGUUGUGUAUCUUCAUCAUGGUCUCUUGAUGAACAGCGAGGUCUGGGUCUGUCUCACUGACGCUGAACGUUGUCUUCCAUUCACCCUCGUUGAGAAUGGUUAUGACGUUUGGCUGGGGAACAAUCGAGGUAAUAAAUAUUCCAAAAAGUCAAUACACCAUAAUCCGAACUCGUCAAAAUUUUGGGACUUUAGUAUCGAUGACUUCGCCUGGCACGACAUCCCUGAUUCCAUACAUUAUAUUCUGGACAUUACCAAGUCUUCAAAACUCAGUUACAUCGGCUUCAGUCAGGGUACCGCACAGGCAUUCGCUGCGCUCAGUAUACACCCCCAGCUGAACGAAAAAAUCAACGUUUUCAUAGCUCUUGCACCUGCUGUCAGCCCCGCCGGCCUUGCACAGCCUAUCGUAGACGGUCUCAUGAAAGCUUCGCCAACUCUCGUCUAUCUUUUCUUCGGCCGUAAAUCUAUUCUCUCUUCAGCAACGCUGUGGCAAGCUAUUCUUUACCCUCCAAUAUUUGCCUCCGUGAUCGACACGUCACUCGUCGUCUUGUUCAACUGGCGUAGUCGCAAUAUCUCGCAUUACCAGAAGAUAUGCGCCUACGCACAUCUGUACUCUUUCGCCUCUGUCAAGGCUGUCGUGCACUGGUUCCAGAUCAUGCGUACCGGUGCAUUCCUAAUGUACGACGACGAUCUGUCAAGUAUGUCACCUGUGAUGAGGACAACGAUGCGCACGUACAGGCCCGCAAGGUUCCCUACAAAGCACAUUGUUACCCCCAUUGUGCUACUGUAUGGAGACGAGGACAGUUUGGUCGAUAUUGAAGUCAUGGUGGAGCAGCUACCGAAGCAUGUCGUCGUUAAGAGGUUGGCAGGUUAUGAGCACUUGGACAUUUUGUGGGGAAAGGAUGUUCAUAAAGACGUGAUUCCCCAUGUGCUGGAGACAUUGGAAGCUUACAAGGCUCCGCAGAAGAUGGAUAAUGGGCUUAAUGGCACUUCAUGCGAGUAGAUGUAUCUUAUCAGCGUGUUUUUUUUUUUACCGCAUUCAUAUAUUUAUGAACGCU